AUGCAACUGGUGGACACAUCAGGGAAGAAGGUGCGAGCUGAUGGAUUUUACUACAUUGUUCCAGCAUCCUCUGAUGUAGGUAGCCUUGCUCUCUCAACCACCGGUGUUGUUCGUGUUUCCACUGAUCUCAACAUCUAUUUCUCCACCUACACAACUUGUCCACAAUCCAUAGUGUGGAUGCUUAAGGACUAUGAUUAUUCAACAUCACAGUGGUUUGUGACUACUGGUGGUGGUUUCGGCAACCCUGGUCCUGAUACCAUCAGGAAUUGGUUCAAGAUUGAGAAGUACGAAGAUGCUUACAAGUUGGUUUAUUGUCCAAGUGUGUGCAAUGACUGCAGUUAUCCAUGCAGUGAUAUUGGAAUAUACCAGGAUCAAUAUGGCAAGCGUUUAGCUCUAUCUUCUCAGCCAUACAAAGUGCAAUGUGCAAUUGUUGAGAGAAUAGUCACUGAUUUAAAUUUCUUGCGUAAAUAUGUUGAGAAAGCAUUCUUAGAUUUUUUUCUUGGUGAGUGA